UUUACAUAAUUUUUUUAAUAAUCUAUGUACAUCUGUUCUUUUCUUAUCUAAAAUAUUUAAAAAAUGAAAUAUAAAAUCAAAGUAUCAAGUUUUAUCGUUAUUUUCUGUUGUAUUUGUGUGUUAAUUGAACAAGCAUUUGCAUCUGCUGGCGACCAAUCACCUUAUUAUCAGAAAUGUGUUUCAAAAUGUACAAGAACACAUUGUUCUUCAGACGGGUGGAACUUUUUGUCUAGUGUUCAGCCUUUUCACCUUCAGCUUACUUUGUGGUCGUGUGCUGAAGAAUGUAGGUACAAUUGCAUGUGGAAGACUGUUGAUGCCUUUAUGGAAAGGAAAUGGGAUGUUCCACAGUUUCAUGGUCGGUGGCCUUUCAUUAGAAUACUUGGCCUCCAGGAACCAGCUUCAGUUUUCUUUUCUUUUUUGAAUUUUUGUGCUCAUUUCUACAUGUUGAAAAUAUUUCGAAGAGAGGUUCAUCGUUCAAGCCCAAUGUUUUGGUUGUGGCACAUAUAUGCUGUAGUUUGCUUGAACGGCUGGUUUUGGUCCUGUGUAUUUCAUACAAGAGAUUUCCCAUUCACAGAAAAAAUGGACUAUUUUUGUGCAUUUUCCAUGGUCCUUUGUUCUUUUUAUUGCAUGUGCGUGAGAAUUUUGAAUGGCCGAAGUAAAUUUCUGACAGCUUUGCUUAGUAUAUUUUGUUUGUUCCUUUUUAUUCACCAUAUAACUUUUAUGUCUUGGGUAAAAUUUGAUUAUGGCUACAAUAUGAUGGUCAAUAUUACUGUGGGUGUUUUAAAUGCCCUAGGUUGGUUAGUUUGGGCCAUGUGCAACAGGAAAAGGAUGCCAUAUUCUUGGCUUUGCGGGCUGUUUGUGAUCUUAGUAGGGAUUUGUAUGCUGCUUGAACUUGCAGAUUUUCCACCUGUUUUAUGGUUGUUUGACUCCCAUUCAUUAUGGCACCUCGGAACAGCUGGAUUACCUUUAAUAUUCUACCGGUUUUUGAUAAAUGACUGCAGAUAUUUGCUGAAGCAAAAAUAUUUGAAUGAAAAAAAACUUCAUGAUAGUUAAUUUUUAAUUUUUUCUUAUAUGAUAACUUUUCUUAGAAUAUGCAUUUUUAAUUAAUUUAUAUAACAAAUGUUUAGUUUCAAUUAUAAUUUAUUAUUAAGUGUGGGGUGCAAUUUCAAAUUUCAAAUUUAAGAAGUAUUCAAAUUUCUUAGACUGUGUAAGUCAUGAUGAAAUUUACAAAGUUCUUCAUUCAUACCAAAAUUAUUAUAGGCUGUUGUUUAACGGUGAUUGGUGUUGUUGGUGUUGCUGAAUAAGGUAAUAGUGAAAUGAAAUGUGGCUGAACAGAAAUGUGCGCUGGUGCCUCCUGUUUCUUUGCGCGGUGCUUCUUGUUCUGUGGGUGUUGCGGCCCCAGGACUCCUUUGCGCCUGCGCUGUCUUCGCAGUCGUCGUCACCAAAGGCGCAAAGGAGAAGCAGCAUGUUCAGCGACUUUGACAAUUUGUCGGGAUCGCAGACGGCUAUCGUCCCGAACAUCGUUCACUUCAUUUUGUUUUCGAAAGACACCCUGGACUUCACGUCGUUUCUCAGCAUGGUGUCAGCUCUAAAGGUGCAGCGACCGGAGAAGCUGCUGAUCCACACGGACAGUGCCAACAUCACGGGCCGCUACUGGGAUGCCUUGAACGCGGUGCGGGUGGCCAACACCAGCGUCCAGGUGGUACGCAGGGACCGCCCCAGCCACGUGUUCGGCCAGCCGCUCAGCUCCGUGUACCACGCGUCGGACGUCGCCAGGAUACAGCUGCUCAUGGAGUGGGGGGGGGUGUACCUGGACACGGACGUGCUGGUGCUCCGGCCGCUGGACCGCUUCCUGCGCUACGAGAUGACGGUCGGCUGGCCGCCGGACCAGUUCAUCGGCACGCAGAUCCUGAUAGCGCACAGAGGCGCGAGGCUCCUGCCGCUGUGGCUGGACGGAUACCGCAAGUACCACCCCAGGGACUGGUACUACAACGCCGGCCAGUUCCCCACCGAGCAGAUCCUGCUGCCGCGGCCGGGGCUCGCGCACCGCGUGCCGCACCUGUUCGGGGUGGACAACCUGUCCAAGUUCCUGUACGGCCCGGCGCGCUGGCCGCGGUGGAGGGCCUUCUUCACCCUCCACCUGCUGGCCCGGCACCCCCCAGCGCCGCGGGCCGCCGACGAGGGCUUCGUGCGCUCCUACCGGACGCCCUUCGGCGAGAUCGCCCGGUGGCUGCUCUACAAGCUGCACCCCAGGGUCGCAUUCCAGAGGCGAGACGUGACUGCCUCUCGGUCGUGACUGCAGAGUGGUCGAUGUACAAGCUACGACCCGGGGUCAAGUUCCAGGGGUGUGACGACGUGACGACCUCUCGACCAUAACGGUCCCUCGCACAGCCGGGUGAAGACUUCAUAAUCGUGCCUGUGGAAAUGGAUCCUCUUCUCUUUUUUUUUUGGUGGCAACUUACACAUGAUAAAGUAGUGUUUUCGGUAUGAAACUUACAACUUUGUUAGCACAAUCACCUGGAUCCGCGUGUGCCUUCAAGUGACCACUGUGGCCAGGAUGGCGAUUGUAGACUGAACUGUUAUUUUUGAGUAGGGGGACAAACCUGUGCACCUGGAGCAAUCCCACUUGCUGAUGCCAUACUCUCCCACAUGUCCCUUGCCCGAGCCGUGAGAUCGCAGUGCCGGGAGGCGAGUGGCCCUAAGCUUUGUCUUUGGGAAGUGACUUUUAUUACCUUCAUAGCUGUUGGCUGAUGUUCGUUUACUUAGUAUGUCAUCAAACAUCUUGGUAGGGACUGCAGCUUCACAUUUAAUUUAAGUUUUUAUUAAUAGCCUUAAACAAGAUUUUUAUUUAACAUUUUAAGUGUUUACUUAUAAUGCUAGCUGUUUUUAUGUCUAUUCAUUUUUAUAUCUCACAAAAUUACGACUUAAAUACUAAGAACAGUUCAUAGACGAGCCAUAUAUAUUCUAUAAAUUAUUUAUUUAAAAAAGAGAGCAUUGUUUCAAGGUAGACUCUCAAUGAUCCAUCGCGUCCGUUUGCUGUCCAUCUGUCUGUUAACAAGCCAAGCAAUUCACAGUGAUUUGUUCAUCUGGAUGGCUGCCAACUGACUAGAAAGCUUAAAUUGUUGAUAAAGUUUCUAGUAAAGGUUUAUUCAUUUGACGAUCAUGUAUGCUUAACAUGCUCGAAAAUAUUUAUUUGAAUAUACUUUUAAGAUACUGUAUGUUAUUAAUUACACUUUUAUGUGUGUGUGUGUGUGUCAAUUUUUGUUUCAAAUAUAAAACUUAAAAUGUGUUAAAAAGCAAGUUAAAAAUAGUAAUAUGGAAGUAGCUAAACAAAUAAGCAAACUAUAAAAUCUUUUAAUAUAAAGGCAAUAUGUUUCAGGGAUUUUUGAGGUUAUGAUUUCAUCUGUACAUCUGUCAAAUUUAAAACUUGUUAAUGUUUUGUGCUGGACUGAGGGCAGAAUUUUUCUUUGGUCAUCUGAUUGGCUGCAGAACAUGUGAUUGAUUGACGGGUGGACGGUACAGAUGGAUCAUUGUGAGUCCAGCUUUAUUCUUAUUUAUAUAUGUUUAUACAUGGUUCACAGAAUGAAUGAAUUAAUUAAUUUAGGUUGAACUUCUUGUUACAUCAUGGUCAUUGGAGACAGUGAGGUGUAAUGAGAGUGGAGCAUUGAUGUAAUGAACAGUUGAAGGAAACGGUAGAACUCCGAGAAGACUCAUCAGCUUGCAGCAACGUCCAUCACGUUUCCCAACAAAAAUUCAAGUUUGAACCCGCCAGGAGAAAAAUGAUUUCAACCAUUCAACCACCAUGGUCAUAACAAGAAAUAAUCGUAACCUAAAAGGUACUUGAGAAAAUUAGAAAGGCGGUUCCAUUUUCGUGCGAUGAUGCUGCUAUCUCUAGGAUUUUUUCCGUAAUGUUUGUAUAAAUGGUUGCGAAACAUCCGCUAGAAUGCAUUGGAAUCAGUUUGUAGCCUUGUGCAGGGCACCGUUUAUCAAAACUUUUGCUUAUCUUACACAUUACUGGAAUUUGGAUUGGACUUGUUCUGGAAUACGGCCCGCAAGUUAGGUAACGGUUUUAUCCCAACAAGACAGUGCUUAUUCGCUACCUUACCAGAAUCUCUUGGAAUACUACCUUUAAGGACUGCUUAAGUGCAGAUUUAUUUAUCCUUUAGUUAAAAAUUAUUAGUUAAAAUUACAUGUCAUUAAACUACACCAUAAAACAAUAAAACUUGUGUUGUAAGUGUUUUUUUAAAUUUUUAUUUAUUUAUUUUCAGAAUGUUAUAAAUGUGUGUUUUGCAGUAAUAGGGUUUGUGCUAACGUGAUUUCAGUGGAACUACUUUCAAAGGUUACUGAACUUUUACAGCUGUACAAUACAUCACACUAUUCAUGGUUGUGAAGCAUAUGUUUCAUGUGAAUCUAGCUUUUACUCUAGCUAGAGUGUAGCUGUUAAGAUAACUGUUCACAGUUCUGUUCCGUGUUACACAUUACAACCACUGUAUGUGCUCAUGAAUUAUAUGUAGUGUAAAUUUAUGUGCAAAACAGCAUUGUAUGUGUGUGUUUUAUGUGAAUUAAAGGCGCCAUCUGGUCGUA